GCCGCGCGUGCUCCCGCCCCUCGCCGCCGCUCGCUCGCUCGCUGGCCGGCGGCCUCGGCUCGCCCCCUCCCUCGGCUCCGGUGCGCGGCGGCCCACGACCCGCGCGGCCUGGGCCUCGGCCCGCGCCACCGGCGCCCGCGCGGAGCGGCCCGGGGGCCCUCACGCAGGCCCAUGGCGGCGGCCGCGGCGGCGCUCUCGGGCGCGGGCACGCCACCCGCGGGCGGCGGGCCCGGGGGCGGCGGGUCCCCGCCGGGCGGCUGGGCCGUGGCGCGCCUGGAGGGCCGCGAGUUCGAGUAUCUGAUGAAGAAGCGCUCGGUGACCAUCGGCCGCAACUCGUCGCAGGGCUCGGUGGACGUGAGCAUGGGCCACUCGAGCUUCAUCUCCCGGCGCCACCUCGAGAUCUUCACGCCCCCGGGCGGCGGCGGCGGCGGCCAUGGCGGGGCCGCUCCGGAGCCGCCGCCCGCGCAGCCCAGGCCCGACGCCGGCGGCGACUUCUACCUGCGCUGCCUGGGCAAGAACGGCGUGUUCGUGGACGGCGUGUUCCAGAGGCGCGGGGCGCCGCCGCUGCAGCUGCCGCGCGUGUGCACAUUCAGGUUCCCGAGCACAAACAUCAAGAUAACGUUCACUGCCCUGUCCAGCGAGAAGAGGGAGAAGCAGGAGGCGUCGGAGUCUCCGGUGAAGGCCGUGCAGCCGAACAUCUCACCCCUGACCAUCAACAUUCCAGACACCAUGGCCCACCUCAUCAGCCCUCUGCCCUCCCCUACAGGAACCAUCAGCGCUGCAAACUCCUGCCCCUCCAGCCCCCGGGGAGCGGGGUCUUCAGGGUACAAGGUGGGCCGAGUGAUGCCAUCUGACCUCAAUUUAAUGGCUGACAACUCACAGCCUGAAAACGAAAAGGAAGCUUCAGGUGGAGACAGCCCGAAGGAUGAUUCAAAGCCACCCUACUCGUAUGCACAACUAAUAGUACAAGCAAUUACAAUGGCGCCUGACAAACAGCUCACCCUGAAUGGAAUUUAUACACACAUCACUAAAAAUUAUCCCUACUAUAGGACAGCAGACAAGGGCUGGCAGAAUUCAAUUCGCCACAAUCUCUCUCUGAAUCGUUAUUUCAUCAAAGUACCGCGUUCCCAGGAAGAACCAGGCAAAGGCUCAUUCUGGAGGAUAGAUCCCGCCUCUGAAAGCAAAUUAAUAGAACAGGCUUUUAGGAAAAGACGGCCUAGGGGCGUGCCUUGCUUUAGAACCCCUCUGGGACCGCUCUCUUCUAGGAGUGCCCCAGCCUCUCCCAAUCACGCUGGAGUGCUGUCUGCUCACUCUAGUGGCGCCCAGACCCCUGAGAGCCUGUCGAGGGAAGGUUCGCCGGCCCCCCUGGAGCCUGAGCCUGGCACCGCGCAGCCCAAACUCGCUGUCAUCCAGGAAGCCCGAUUUGCGCAGAGUGCACCAGGGUCACCUCUGUCCAGUCAGCCAGUCUUAAUCACCGUCCAGCGGCAGCUACCGCAGGCCGUCAAGCCUGUCACCUACACUGUAGCCACCCCGGUGGCCACCUCGACCUCCCAGCCACCCGCCGUGCAGACGGUCCACGUCGUCCACCAGAUACCAGCAGCGUCGGUCGCCGGCGUGGCCGGGCUGGCCCCAGCGAGCACGUACACCGUCUCUGGACAAGCCGUGGUCGCCCCUGCAGCUGUGCUGGCCCCUGCCAAGGCAGAGCCCCAGGAGAACGGAGAUCACAGGGAAGUCAAAGUGAAAGUGGAGCCUAUUCCCGCCAUUGGCCAUGCCACGCUAGGCACUGCUAGCCGGAUCAUCCAGACGGCACAGACCACCCCGGUCCAGACGGUGACCAUAGUACAACAGGCACCUCUAGGUCAACACCAGCUACCAAUAAAAACUGUAACACAAAACGGCACUCACGUGUCGCCAGCCCCCACUGCGGUCCACGGCCAGGUGAACAACGCAGCGGCGAGUCCUUUGCACCUGCUGGCGACGCAUGCGUCCGCAUCAGCCUCCCUGCCCACGAAGCGCCAGAACGGUGACCAGCCGGAACAGCCGGAGCUGAAGCGGAUCAAGACGGAAGACGGCGAGAGCAUCGUCAUUGCCCUGAGUGUGGACCCGCCACCGGCAGCCGCGAGGGAAAAGGGCGUCCAGAACUAGCGACCAGGAGCUUUUCUUCAGCAGUAUCAACUUUGUGGUGCCAAAAGGAGACGUCGCCUCCCGCCAGCUCUCGGUGGGUGCAGGGCCCUGUGGUUGGACUUCACCUCUCAGCACUGAAAACACAAAACCCAGGUGGCCUUAAAACUCCUUAAUUUAAAGACAGAAGUCACACUUGAACAAAAACCACACACAGGAAAACCUGAUUUUGGAGACAGCGUCUCCCCCGCUGAGCACCUGCUGGGCCGUUGCCUUCGGGCUCAUCUCUAGUACCUACGAGUGAAACUCGGCCCUCCCAGAGGAGCAGGCAUCGCGUGUGGGCACGGCGCAGUCGGUCCUAGGCCCUCGGGACGGCGGUGGGGGGAGCCCUCCCCACCGCCCUCACAGGCCCCACCAGGCGGCGGAGGCCAGGCCGCGUUCUGUUGCUCCCGUGUGCAGUUAGAGUGUUCGGAGGUGUACUUUCUUUACAGAAUCAUGGGGUCUCGGGCAUUUCACAUCACUCCAUUUCUACUCAGACUUUUGGAAUCACACAGGACCUUUCAGUGGAUUUCAUUUGGGGAAAAGAGACGUUUUUUGUUUUCAGCCUAUGGAAUGAUUUCCUGUUGUCUGUCUUGUUGAAGCUCAGAUGAAGCUACUCUGCGGCACCUGCGCGUUUCCAUGUUGCAGCAGCUGCCUGAUGCAUUUCAUCCACCUCCAUUUCAGCAUGUGGCUCGCGUGGACAGGUGGACGGGCGCUGUGGCCACGUGGAACCCUGAGAGCCCAGGGGCGAGCUGGUGCCGGGAAGGAGCUGCCGGGACUCACCGAGCUGCACUUAACUGAUCUCUUUUGGCGAUUUUUUGUUGUUUCUUUGUGUUGACUCUGUCCCUGGCAAAAUUUUCCACUCUAAGUAAAACAAGUCUCCUAAGUAUUGUGUAUGUUUAAAA